AUGACUCUUCGUAACGCUUUGUUCCGAGCCGUCUUGGCCUCACUUCCUAUCUCUGGAGCUCUGGCCCUCCCUGCUCCCCAAAUGGGAAACUAUGGCGAAAACACAGGGCCUGUAGGCGGAGUCGACCCUCCUACUCCUACUGUCACUUCAACAAGCGGCUCACUGUACGGUGACUCCAGCUUACUAGGUGGCAACGCUCCUCUCCCAGACCCCGAUAAGUCCGACUCAGCCGUCGUCAAGAACCCCAAGUUUGUCAACGGUCAAGAUGCAGAUGCCAAGCUCGGUCUGUACCUCGACUUUGAUGAUGUUGACGUCCCCCAGCCCAUGCGCGGCGGACUAGGCGCCACUGAUCCUGGCCCUCGCACCUAUGAGUACGAGAAGCUUAACCCCGACCUCUAUGCUCCUCCUGGCACAGACUCUGGCGACGUCCCCAACGCCAUGUGGCCUCUCGGUCUUUCUCACAACCGUCUAGGAAGUGAGAAGGGCGCCGGUUGGGCACGACAGCAGAACGUUGAUGUUCUCCCCGCUGCCACCGCCAUGGCUGGUGUUGACAUGCGUCUCGCUCCUAAUGCUUACCGUGAGCUUCACUGGCACACCUCAGCUGAGUGGUCUCUGAUCACCAAGGGUUGCGUUCGAGUUGCUGCUAUGAACGAGGAUGGCAAGAGCUUCAUCGACGAUGUUUGCGCCGGCGAUGUUUGGUUCUUCCCUCCUGGUGUUCCCCACAGUCUUCAAGCCCUUGAUCAGGGUGUUGAGUUCCUGCUGGUUUUCAACGAUGGUGAAUUCUCUGAGGAUGAGACUUUCUUGGUUUCCGAGACCUUCCUUCGAAACCCUGUUUCAGUUCUGGCCAAGAACUUCAAGACAGACACUUCUGCCUUUGACAAGAUCCCCAAGGACCAGCUUUACAUCUUCAACGGAACGCCUGCGCCCAAGGAUAUCGAGAAGCAGAAUAUGACGGGCCCUGCUGGUGUCCUGUCUGGCAACGACUCAUACACCUACCACUGGUCUCAGCAGAAGCCACACACCGUCCCCGGCGGUUCCGUCAAGAUCCUCGAUCCUACCACCUUCCCCAUCGCCAAGGACUUCUCCGCCGCUCUCGUCGUCGUCCAGCCCGGCGCCGUCCGUGAAAUCCACUGGCACACCACCUCCGACGAAUGGAGUUACUUCCUCCAAGGCAGUGGCCGAGUCACCGUCUUCAAGGCCCCCGAGUCCGCUCGUACCUUUGACUUCACUGCCGGGGGUGUAGGCUACAUUCCCGCCGCUAACAGUCAUUAUGUCGAGAACACUGGUGAUGUUGAUCUGAUUUUCCUCGAGGUUCUUCAGGCACCCAAGUUCUCGGAUAUCUCUGUGGCUCAGUGGCUGGCUUUGACUCCUAAGCAGGUUGUCAAGGACCACUUGCAUGUCUCGGAUGAGUUCUUGGACUCUUUGCCUAAGGAGAAGCAGAUCAUUGUUCCUGGAAACACGAACAUGACUGCCCUUGCGGGUGGCGAUGAGGAAGUCUAA